CUCCUCUCCCUGCUGCUGUGGUACGCUGCAGAGUUGAAGCGCAACAACCCGGAGAGCGCAGCAGCGACUUCGCCGCUGCAACUUUGAUGACAGGGGUUUUUUGGAGCCGUCGAUGAGCGCGUUUGAAGUGCCUUGCUGGUGAAGACAAGGGGAUCGAGUCUCGACCUGCGGUUCCCCCUCUGCCAGUCGGAUCAAAAUGAAAUUCCUGAUUUGUGUGGUAGCAGUCGCCUUGGCGGUGAGAUCUGCGCACGGAGGUGUGGGGAAGUCUGACGAGCCGUGUGGUGGCCAGGACUGUAGCGGAGGAUGCAGGUGCAACCCAGAGAAAGGCAGCAGGGGUCGUCCAGGGCCUCUCGGUGAGGUUGGUCAGAGCGGACCAGAGGGGCCACGUGGGGGCCCGGGGCCUACAGGGCCUAAAGGAGAGAAGGGCCACAUUGGACUAAAGGGACCAUCUGGCCCCAAAGGAGACAAGGGACCUAUGGGAGUGCCAGGAUUCCAAGGAAGUGAUGGAGUACCUGGUCACCCGGGUCAGGAGGGUGGCAGAGGCCCACCAGGAGUGGACGGUUGUAACGGGACCAGAGGAGAGCCUGGAGCACCGGGCUAUGGGACAGGAGGACCUGGAUAUCCUGGACCUGCUGGGCCUAAUGGGCUAAAGGGUCAGAAAGGAGAGCCUAGAUACAUCUCAGAUGACGGUGUCUCGAGUAUACCAGGUUUACCAGGAAUUGACGGUCAGCCGGGUAUCAUAGGUCCUGAUGGUCCGCCUGGUUAUUCUGGUCCAAGAGGGCCUGAGGGAUAUCCCGGCCCACCUGGUCCUCCCGGUCUCCCAGGGCCAAUGGGGAGCCGUAGUGACGGAUAUGAAGGAGAGAAAGGAGACAAGGGCGACGUGGGUCUUCCCGGACCCAGUGGUACUCCCGGCGACGGGUCGCUAACAAGCGAACAAACUCUCACUAUCUACAAAGGAUCUAAGGGUGAACCUGGUCGAAAGGGAAUCAGAGGAUACCCUGGCAAUCCUGGCCGACCUGGACCUUUCGGCUAUCGUGGUGAAUACGGAGAGAAGGGCAUUCCUGGAUACCCCGGUGCAAGAGGUCCUCCCGGGUUUAACGGGCCUCCUGGAUCUCCAGGACAACAGGGACUCAGAGGUGUUCCAGGUUACCCCGGGCAAGAAGGAUACAUAGGGCCCAAGGGAGAUCAGGGAGACCCCGGACCACCAGGACCACCUGCAUACGUUUCUGGACAAGGCACUUCUGUUCAAGGACCAACAGGUGACCCAGGUUUCAGUGGCCUGCCUGGUGCCCCUGGUGACCAGGGACCUCCAGGAUUCCCAGGACCACCAGGCCCACCAGGAAUCGGUGGAGUUGGUCCAGGUGGUCGUGGAUCCCCAGGUUUUCCUGGGACCCCAGGCCCAAAGGGAGAGAAAGGUAACCCAGGCAUACCAGCUUAUGGCUUCGAAGGAAGCCCUGGCUCCCCUGGACUCCCCGGCCCUCCUGGCCCUCCUGGACUUCAGGGCCCAGCUAGUAUUCCCUCUACCAGCACCCCGGGAGAGCCUGGGCCACCUGGCCCCAGAGGACCGCCGGGUGAAAGAGGAUUCAAUGGCUUCAGAGGCGAUCCCGGCGACUGUGCCUGUCUAGGUGGAGGCACCUCUGGGUUGCCUGGGUUACCCGGAAGUCCUGGAGCUAACGGCAGCCCCGGCUUCCCUGGACAAAAGGGUGAGCCAGGUGAUCGCGGUUCACCUGGCUUUAAUGGUGUUCAGGGACCUCCUGGUCGUGCUGGUAGCCCUGGUUUCUUUGGUCGUAAGGGAGAGAAGGGCGCAUCUUAUUACCCCAACCUGGGUAUCGGGGUGAAAGGAGAGCUCGGAGCAACUGGACCCAGAGGACCAACAGGUGAAACUGGAAAACCUGGCAGGGAUGGACUCCCUGGCUUCCCUGGAGCCCCUGGACCCCCAGGCGACGCUGGUUAUGGCACAGUUGGAGAGAAAGGUUUCCCAGGGUUCCCGGGGCCUAAGGGUCGUGCUGGCGGCCCUGGCGAGCCUGGUAUCGGUUAUAGCGGAACACCCGGCUUUCGGGGAGAGCCUGGAGACCCCGGUAUAUCUGGGCUGCCAGGGGCACCAGGUUUACCUGGACCUAAAGGUGAAAACAGCUGCGAAGGGGUUAAUGACGCCGGAGAGGGAACGGGCCAAGUGCUGCCAUGCUCCAUACCUGGCGAGCAAGGAGACCCCGGCUUCCCCGGUGUACCAGGACAACCAGGUUCUAAAGGUGAGCCAGGACAGCCAGGAGGCCGUGGACGUCCAGGGUUUGAUGGUGCCAAAGGAGAGAGAGGAGACCCCGGUUUUGGAGGCCAACCUGGACCACAAGGUUUCCCUGGACCCAGAGGAGAUCCUGGAGUUCCAGGUAUUCCAGGACAGAGUUUUGACGGAGGCAGGGGGAAGGAUGGUGCCCCAGGGCGUCCUGGAGCCAAGGGCCAGCCUGGAGAGGUACUGGGAGCUACACCUGGUUCCCCAGGACAGAAUGGUUUACCAGGACUCCCUGGAGACAAGGGCCAGCCCGGGACGCCAGGAGGACCUGGAUUACCUGGUGGUGAUGGACGUAGUGGUGUUCCUGGACUGAAGGGAGAGCGUGGAGUUGAUGGUUAUCCUGGUAGUCCCGGCCUUCCUGGUCUUCCAGGUGAGCCAACCUUUGGCAUUCCCGGUCUGCCUGGAUCUCCUGGCGCCAAGGGACUGAGCGGAUCACCAGGCUGCCAAGGUUUCCCCGGUCGAAAAGGAGACAGAGGAGACCCAGGUUUCCCAGGACCUGCUGGAAUGAAGGGAACUCCAGGACUGCCAGGCACCCCUGGAUCACCAGGGCCCAGGGGACCCCCUGGACCCCCAGGACCAGGAACUGUAGAGGGAAUUCCAGGAAUACCAGGAAGGAAGGGCGAGAGAGGUUUCCCAGGAGUGAUGGGUUUCCCUGGACUACCAGGUCGUCCUGGAAGCCCAGGGUUUUCUGGAGGGAAAGGAUUGCCUGGAGGGCCAGGAAGAGAUGGACUACCUGGCGGUCCCGGAUACCCCGGACAGAAAGGUGAGAGAGGAUAUCCUGGCCCCCGCGGCUUGCCCGGUGUCCCUUUCCGAUCAGAGUUUGUGGAGAGAGGAGAACCUGGAACCCCUGGCAGUAGCGGCCUUCCUGGCUUCCCUGGACCCAGAGGUGACAAGGGUCUGCCAGGUACACCUGGUCGUCAAGGUCUGCCUGGACUUCCUGGUUUCGCUGAGCAGAGUAAAGGACAGCCGGGACAGCCUGGGUUCCCCGGGCAACCAGGAACUCCAGGCUUCCCCGGACCAAAGGGAGAAGCUGGCAUCAUGGGAUUCCCUGGCAUGUCUGGACCAAGGGGUGAUGAUGGUGCUCCUGGUUUACCUGGCAAUCCUGGAGAGUUCGGUCGGCCUGGUGGCAAAGGUGCACCCGGAGAGAGUUAUGGUUAUCCUGGAGCGCCAGGACCUAAAGGCCAGCCAGGAAACCCAGGCAUCCCAGGUGGACGUAGCAAUGAUGGCGCACCUGGUGAAAACGGUUUUCCAGGAAGUCCAGGUUUCCCUGGAGCGAAGGGAGCUCCUGGUGAAGCAGGACGGCCUGGAAUAAUGGGCUCCCCUGGUUUCCCCGGGCCAAAGGGCCAGGCUGGCUACCCAGGAAGAAGAGGAGCAGAUGGGCCUCCUGGUCUGCCUGCAGGUCCUGGAGGUCCUGGAGCCAAAGGUGUGCCUGGACCCCCUGGUUUGGAUGGACUUAAUGGCCUAGGUGGACCUAAAGGCCUCCCUGGAACCCCAGGUGGGAGUGUAGGAGGUCGCCCAGGAGCUCCUGGUAUUCCAGGGUUAAAGGGAGAGAGAGGCGUCUCCUACCCAGGAGGUCCAGGCUACCCUGGACUAAAGGGAGAGAGAGGAGAGUCAGGUGGUCCUGGACGCCCAGGGUUCCCUGGUCGGCCCGGACCUCCUGGUCCUACUGUGGGGUCGGAUAUCCCCGGACCUUUGGGAGACCCUGGCCUUCCUGGACUGGAUGGAGAGUAUGGAUUCCAAGGUCCUCCAGGUCCUCCCGGGCCUCCUGGUCCAGGCACAGCCCAGGGAGACAGAGGUGACUCUGGGCUCCCAGGCUUCCCUGGCUCCCCUGGCAGGAAAGGAGACUCAGGCAUCCCUGGAGGCCCCGGACUUCCAGGCAGCUCUGGUUUCAAAGGAGGACGAGGUGAGACUGGCUUCAGUGGAGGUCCUGGUCUCAAGGGUUUCCCCGGUGAUCCUGGUUUCUAUGGAAGCAAAGGACCAAAGGGAUUUCGAGGGCGUACUGGUCGUAAGGGUCUCCCCGGUGUCACGCUGCCCAUGGUGCCACGAGAUUACGAGCGACCCUACGGAGAAAUGGGUUAUCCCGGUGCAGGCGGGGGCAAUGGUGCCCCUGGAGAAUCUGGUCAGCCUGGAAUACCUGGACGUCCAGGUCCUAAAGGUCGUCCUGGUUCUGUGGGCAAACUUGGCAGGACUGGAUCUCCUGGUCUGCCAGGAUCCAUCGGUGAUGGCGGACCCCCUGGUUUCCCUGGACCUACUGGAGAACAAGGUCCCCCUGGUGCAGCUGGACGUCCCGGCCCCCCUGGUGGUGUCGGCCGCAGUUACAGCAUCGGAUACACGCUGGUGAAGCACAGCCAGAACUCCCAGGUCCCCAUGUGUCCUCAGGGCAUGGCCAAGCUGUGGGACGGAUACAGUCUGCUGUACGUGGAGGGACAGGAGAAGGCACACAACCAGGACCUCGGUCAGCCAGGGUCGUGCCUCCCCAGGUUCAGCACCAUCCCCUUCCUGUACUGCUCCCCCAAUGAGGUCUGCUACUACGCCAGCCGCAACGACAAAUCCUACUGGCUCUCCACGACCGCACCCAUACCCAUGAUGCCUGUGGCCGAGGAGCAGAUUCUACCUUACAUCAGCAGGUGUUCUGUGUGUGAGGCUCCGUCUCAGGCUGUGGCUGUCCACAGUCAGGACAUGACCAUCCCCACCUGUCCUCCUGGCUGGAGGAGUCUCUGGAUAGGAUACUCCUUCCUCAUGCACACAGCAGCCGGCGCCGAGGGCGGCGGUCAGUCCCUGGUGUCUCCCGGCUCCUGUCUGGAGGAUUUCCGCGCAACGCCGUUCAUCGAGUGCAACGGGGCCAAGGGCACCUGCCACUACUUUGCCAACAAGUACAGCUUCUGGCUCACCACGGUGGAGCCCAGCCAGGAGUUUGUCUAUUUGCCAUCACAGGAGACCCUGAAGGGAGGCCAGGAGCGCUCCAAAGUCAGCCGCUGCCAAGUCUGCAGCAAGCUCUUGUAGUAGGAGGAGGAGCGGAGGGAUGGAGGUGAUAUAUCAACACCUCAAAGGAAAAAAAAGAGAGAGGUGUUGAUGAUGGAGGAUGAGAUGAUUUAUACAGAAAUCUAUAAAAGAACACGUGACUGACUGUACAUGAGCCCCUCUCCUGAAUCCAGUCGAACAACAUCGACUCCGUUUUUAGAGUUUUUGAUCCCUUUUAGGAAUGAAUGGCUUAUUAUAUAAAAAAGAAGAGUUGGAGGGAGGAAACAGAAAGAGAAGGGCUUCAGUGUGAUGGCUCUUGUCUAGAUUAUCACUGACAAUGGUGCUAUUGUUUAUGUUCUUUGUGUUUUAUUUUUUUGUGUCUGUUUUCUCGUUACGGUUUUGGCGAGAAUCGUUCUCGGCUACCUCGGAGAGUGCCACCCCUUUGGAUAGCACUGCACCGCUUACACAUCAGGGCGGGACGUCUGCUCCAGGUGCAUCGGUUCAGACUGUUUGGCAGUCUGUUGUAUCUUAACUUUAGUGAGCUGAUGUAACUGAAGCAGAGUCACCUGAUCACGGUUCAGACACACAUUUUUAGGGAAAUGGCCGCCAUCGAUUUUCGCCUCUUUUGUAUUAUCUGCCGGCUACAACCACUUCAACUACAGUGAUGUUACAGAUUGUGUUACGUUAAAGCUGCACCAGCUCAAAACUUACUGGUGGUUUUGCACGAAUGACUCCAUUGGUCAUCACUCAUUUCAGAACAGUAUGGAAAUCAAAUUGUUGAGAUUUGAGACUUGUUAGUGCGCCGUGUUGUUCAGUGUUUCCCCCACGUUAGCUGCUUUAGCCCUUAUGCUAACAAAACUAAGCACUCAUUCCACCACCUACUGCAACACCAAAUUCUGCUCUCAAAUUUACCACUUAGAAGUUUCUUUAGAUUUUAAACAUGUAGCCCACUCUUCAGAAUAUUUAUCAAUUAGUUUUCGCCAAAUCCAUAUGAACCACUCUCCACAUCAGCUUGAAUUUGAUCCAUGUUAGCGAUUCUGACCCUGUUAUCUUAACCUCACCUGUUCAGCUGACUUUGGCGGUUUACAUAACGGACACUCAACCUUCCUUCUGUUAUUACAGACAUGUGAACUCAUUACAGACACUUGAGUCGUUCAUGGACUCAUAGCGAUGCACCGCUGCAGUUCAGGUAGUGCACAUUUCUUUUGGGCUGUCAGGGUUCCCACUGCCAGGCCUUUACAUUUAAAGGGGGAACACUGUUGUUUUUAGGAAGUUGCAGUAUUGUAGUUGUAUGUUUCUUGGAAAAUGACAUCUUUGUGCAGUUAAGGAAAUGUAUUUAAAAGCAUCUGAGUCACUAAAGUCACCAACUUUUCUGAAGAUACUGUACAGUAUUUUCAUCAUUGUUGUGUGUGCAAUAUCAGAUGCACAAAACACACUUGGGAAAAAAUAUAAAAGAAUAAAAUGUAUUUCAAAAACAGGAGAAAAGUAGCAAAAUGUUAAAAAAAAAAAAACUGAGGAAAAGUGAGAGAAAAGGGCAAAAAUUGAUAAAUACAAAAGCAAAUUGCUGCCGGUACACAACAUUUUAAAUCAGAUUCUGGACCAACAGCAACUUUUUAAGGCAAAAAAAACAACAACAGAUUUCUCAGUCCUUUUUUAAUUUACAUUUUUGCUCAUGUGAGUGGAUUUUCUAACAAAGCAAGCAACAUUUUCAGGUGUAAACUAUCAGAUUUCAGAUACGGCUGCUUCUAACCGACAAUUAAGCCACUUUUUAUUAUUUUAAGCAAGUCAUGAUUCUUCACAAGUUGAUUUUCAUAGCUUACAGAAAUCAUUUCAAACCCACGAUAGCCUUGACAUCAUCAAAUCUUCCUAAACGUGUUAAGUAUGAUGAAAGCGAAAGCUCCAGUUUGUAGUUAUCGUGCAAAACGACCAGUGCAGUCCUUUAACUUUCAACAUUUGUCACAUUUCAUACGCCUGUGAUCUCUGUACGUGUCACAGUACGACUCUAUGGUGCUACAAAAUACCCUGACAGUUGACUUGAACUCGGCAACACUUAAAAUAUUAACCUGCAUGCAAUAAAAAAGGAAGAAAGAGUUUCUGAAACAAAACCUCUUCACCAGCUGACUGUAACUAACAACUUGAAUGAGGCCACCCAUUCAUAUGUAUUGCACUGAUGUGAGCUCACAUGGGUUAGAACAAGAAACAAGUCAGAACAUAUUUCCUCUCCACCUUCACAGGCUUUCAUCUUUACAUUGUGACCAAACUAGUGUUUUUUAAAUCACCCUUUACUCACUAAAUUAGCAACGGAAAACCAAACACACACACACACUCUCUGAUUGUUAAUUAUUGCUGUACAUAGUGCUUCCUGUAUUUCCCACCAAAGUAUGUCGGAGCAAAAGUCUAUAAAGCUAUUAGCUCUUUAUUUUAUUUUUAUUUUUUUCCAGUCCUUGUGUGUUUUCUCUGUCCCUGGAUAAGAAAGAGGAAGAAUUUACUCAUUUUGUGUCUAUAAAUGUAGAUUUUGGAGCCAGAUUUAUGACAGAACGUCUCAUUUUUUUACAUUAACUUUGGUUUGCAAUGUAAAUUAAAGGUCUUAAUUAAUAAAACUGGUUAAUAUCAGACUCUUGUGACCUUAUCCUCGGACAGUGGAAGCUGCUUGGUGACUUGUAACCACUAUGACCACUGUUUCUAGCACAUAGCUCUGUCUCUCUGCUGGUAGCCCUGAUUUUAUUACUAUGUCGCAUUUUACUUCCUUUUUUGUUUUAUUUUAUUUUAUUUUUCUCUUUUUUGUUUUGUCAGCCUUUGUGGUUUUGUAAUCUAGAUUGUAAUUAUUUUACAUAAAUCAUGAUACUAUCCCCUGGUUUUAUUUACUGAGAUGGGAGGGAAUGGGAUGAUAAUGAUGUGUACAUUAAAUUUUAUGGAGAAAAAAAAUGCCUUUCGGAUUAUGUUUUAUAUGGAGAAUAUAUUCACCUCUGAUGAUAUAACAGACGCAGCAACUGUCUUUAUUGUCUGUUCGGUUGUUAUCCCGUUUUCAAAGCAAGGAGUUGAACUGUUUUAUGCCUGGAGUGACAGAAAAGAAAUGCAGUUUUCCUCAAAGAGGAUCUAUAACAAAAAAAAAUGGUAAUAACAUGUCUGUUACUGUAAUGUUUAUUUCUGUGCUCACACACUUUGAAAUAAAGUCUCUAAACUAAGAA